UGACAAAGUGUCAAGUGGUGACUUAUUUUUAUGGUGGGCUUGUUUUGUUUUGGUUCGAUUCGAUCACUGUUUAUUAACUGAAUACGAGUAAAUAUUAGGCAUAAAUUACUGGAGCUCUGUAAUAAUGUCGCUGGCUGAUGAAUUACUGGCUGACUUGGAAGAAAAUGACGAUGUAGAAUUAGAGGCGGCAAUAGAAAACACGAACAAAAACGAUGCAUUUAACGAUUUUGCUGUUCCCCAUCCUGUUAUACCUAAAGAAGAAGAAAUCAAAUGUGUUUCUAUUCGAGAACUGGCAAAACUAAGGGAUUCUGAACGCCUAAAUCGAGUGAUGUCACAAAUAGAACUGAAUAUUGGGAAUGACCGCAACAGGAUAGAAGUAUCUGGAUUAAUGGAAUCAGACCCUGAAUACCAACUUAUAGUUGAAGCUAAUAAUAUUGCUGUUGAAAUUGACGGAGAAAUUGCCACUAUCCACAGAUUUGUUCGUGACAAAUAUCAGAAACGAUUUCCGGAACUGGAGUCUCUUAUAGUGACUCCGUUGGAGUACAUUCGUUCAGUGCGGGAACUAGGCAAUGACUUGGACCAAGCCAAGAACAAUGAAACCCUGCAAAGCUUCAUCACACAAGCCACUAUUAUGAUAGUGUCGGUCACUGCAUCCACAACUCAAGGAAAGCUGUUAACAGAGGAUGAGCUGAAUGAAAUAUACGAGGCCUGUGACAUGGCUUCAGAGCUAAACAAUUUCAAGUCCAAGAUCUAUGAAUAUGUUGAAAGUCGCAUGACAUUUAUUGCACCGAAUAUCACUGCUAUUGUCGGCGCAUCCACAGCCGCCAAGAUCCUGGGUGUAGCAGGAGGUCUCUCCAAGCUGUCCAAGAUGCCGUCAUGCAACGUGCUACCGCUCGGACAGCAGAAGAAGACUCUGUCGGGGUUCUCUCAAGCCGCUACCUUACCGCACACUGGCUUUGUGUACUUCUCGCAGAUUGUGCAGGACACUACGCCUGAGCUCCGCUACAAAGCAGCCAAACUGGUCUCCUCCAAGCUGACACUAGCGGCGCGAGUAGACGCGUGCCACGAGAGCGCGGACGGACGCAUCGGACGCAACCUGCGAGAGGAGAUCGAGAAGAAACUGGACAAACUACAGGAACCCCCUCCAGUGAAGUUCGUCAAACCCCUGCCCAAGCCCAUAGAGCAGAGCCGCAAGAAGCGCGGCGGCAAGCGCGUGCGCAAGAUGAAGGAGAGAUACGCCAUGACCGAGUUCAGGAAGAACGCUAAUAGGCUGAACUUUGCUGAUAUCGAAGACGACGCCUACCAAGAAGACCUGGGCUACACUCGCGGCACAAUCGGCAAGUCGAGCACGGGCCGCGUGCGCCUCCCGCAAGUGGACGAGAAGACGAAGGUCCGCAUCAGCAAGACGCUGCAGAAGAACCUGCAGAAGCAGAACCAGCAGUGGGGAGGCGCCACUACUGUGAGGAGGCAGGUGUCCGGGACGGCUUCGUCUGUCGCCUUCACGCCACUACAGGGUCUGGAGAUAGUGAACCCUCAAGCGGCAGAGACGCGGGUGAACGAGGCCAACGCCAAGUACUUCUCCAACACCUCGGGGUUCCUCUCCGUCGGGAAGAAUACCACUUAGAUGUAAAUGUGGCUGUAAUAGAAGUCAGUAGAUUAAUCAUUUUGUUUCUAAGUUUUAACGACGCGCUGCUGUGGUUAAUCGGACGCAUUUGCAUUCGAAUUGAACCUAAAUUGAACGUAUAAGUAGUACUUGCAGAAAGUUUGUAGUAGGUUGUUUGAAAAGAAGGUACCACUUAAUGUCCAAGAGAGAAAUACUUACUGAUAUCAAAAACUUGUAAAUAUGCCUGUAUCCCAUUUAAAUACUUACAGAAACCUAUGUGGACAUUAUGAAUUAAAAAAAUGACCGGUCUAAAUAAAGCGAGAUCGGAGUAAGCUAACAAUUUAUUUAUAAAUUUAAUAUGAACUGCAUUUAAGAUAAGGAAGACGGUUCCAAUUGAUUGAUUUACAUUACAAUAACCCCUUUAACUUCCGAUCGAAAUAGUAUACAGAGAGCAAAUUUUGCGAAACGCGAUAUCUGCAAUGUAUUGUUGACAUAAUAAAGCUUUUCGCAGUGUCGAAAUACUAAAAAAACUCAAGUUUGUAAAUCUCAGCUUUAAAUGAACUCGUUUGACAUAGGUCUAAUAUUUCCUGAAUAAAAAACUGACAAGUA